CGGAGCGGCGGAGGCGGGCCGGGGGAAGGCUCGGAGAGGCCGGCGCGCGUGUAAUCGGAGCCCGCCUUCCACCCGCUCGCAGCAAAGUCGCCACUCCGCCUUUGACUGCUCGGGGAGAGCCUUUCCUCCCGGCCGAAGGAGAGCGCCAGGAGGCACCUGAAAAGCGUCCGCUCCCCGUCCCAAAAAAAUCGGAUUUGAUCCCGAGGGGAAGACAAGCACGAGGGGUUCCCAAGCGCUGCGAUUCUGCAUCUCCGGGACCUUCCAGUCCUUCGCUUCUGCUCCCCGCGGAGGAGGCGAUUUCUUGGGCGCUGAGUCCGGCAGCGGCGCGGUUUCCACUCUUGGAUAUUAAGCUUUGCAUCCCACGAGAAUGACGCCUCAAAGUCUGCAGGUGUUGAUUGGAGUGUUUCUUUGCUCUUGCUGUGUAAAAGGAUCUUCGCAGCCUCAGCCUCGGGUGUUCUUGACCUUCAAUGAACUACAGGAAACCCAAACAUCCCAAUUUUACUCUCUCUCCCAUCAGCCCUUAGACUACAGGAUAUUAGUGAUGGAUGAAGAUCAAGAUCGGAUCUAUGUUGGCAGCAAAGAUCACAUUUUGUCGUUGAAUAUCAAUAACAUAAGCCAGGAGCCACUGAGCAUUUUCUGGCCAGCAUCAACAGCCAAGGUGGAUGAGUGCAAAAUGGCUGGCAAAGAUCCCACACAUGGUUGUGGCAAUUUUGUUCGGGUGAUACAGACGUUCAACCGCACCCAUCUAUACGUUUGUGGGAGUGGGGCCUUCAGCCCAGUCUGUGCAUACCUCAACAGAGGACGAAGAUCUGAAGAUCAAGUUUUCAAGAUUGACUCCAAAGGUGAAUCGGGGAAGGGACGCUGCUCUUUCAAUCCCAGUGCAAACACAGUCUCUGUUAUGAUCAACCAAGAGCUAUUUUCAGCCAUGUAUAUUGAUUUCAUGGGCACCGACGCGGCCAUUUUUCGCAGCUUAACCAGACGGAAUGCAGUGAGGACCGACCAGCACAACUCGAAAUGGCUAAGUGAGCCCAUCUUUGUGGAUGCUCAUCUCAUCCCAGAUGGCACCGACCCCAACGAUGCGAAAGUGUACUUCUUCUUCAAAGAGAAGCUGAUGGACAACAGUGGCACCACCAAGCAGAUCCACUCCAUGAUUGCCAGAAUAUGUCCCAAUGACACAGGUGGACAGCGAAGUCUGGUCAACAAAUGGACCACUUAUUUGAAGGCAAGGCUGGUGUGUUCGGUCAUGGAUGAAGAUGGCACUGAGACCUAUUUUGAUGAAUUAGAGGAUGUUUUUCUACUGGAAACAGAAAACCCGAGAACAACACUUAUAUAUGGCAUUUUCACAACUUCCAGUUCAGUAUUUAAAGGCUCAGCGGUCUGCGUCUAUCACUUAUCGGACAUUCAGCGAGUGUUCAAUGCACCGUUUGCCCACAAGGAAGGACCGAACCACCAACUGAUUCCCUAUCAAGGAAGGAUCCCUUAUCCGCGACCAGGGACUUGUCCUGGAGGAGCCUUCACGCCCAACAUUCGGACAACCAAGGAGUUUCCAGAUGACGUGGUCACCUUCAUCCGGAACCAUCCCUUGAUGUUUAAUUCCAUCUACCCGAUUCACAAGAGACCAUUAAUUAUUCGGACGGGCACCGACUACAAGUACACAAAGAUAGCCGUUGACCGGGUCAGUGCUGCAGAUGGAAGAUACCAUGUUUUGUUUCUUGGAACAGACCAGGGGACAGUGCAGAAGGUGGUGGCGCUGCCCAGUAACUCAUCGACAGAUGGAGAGUUGAUUUUAGAAGAACUGGAAGUCUUUAAGAAUAAUGCCCCGAUAACAACAAUGGCCAUUUCAUCUAAAAAGCAACAGUUGUACGUCAGCUCCGAUGAAGGCGUCGCCCAGGUCUCCUUGCACCGUUGCCACAUCUACGGGACCGCCUGUGCCGACUGCUGCCUGGCCCGAGAUCCUUAUUGUGCCUGGGAUGGCAACUCCUGCUCCAGGUUCUACCCAACGGGCAAAAGGCGGAGUCGAAGGCAAGACGUGAGACAUGGAAACCCCAUGACUCAGUGUCGGGGAUUUAACCUCAAAGCUUAUCGAAACGCAGCUGAGGUCAUUCAGUACGGAGUCAAAAACAACAACACUUUCCUUGAGUGUACACCGAAAUCUCCCCAGGCGUCUAUCAAGUGGCUUUUCCAAAAGGACAAUGACCGAAGGAAAGAGGUGAAACUCAGUGAAAGAAUCCUAGCGACGCAGCAAGGGCUCCUAAUCCGUUUGGUGCAGGAAGCCGACCGCGGGACGUACCACUGUAUCGCCACAGAAAAUGGCUUCAAGCAAACCAUAGCCAAGGUGAACUUCAAGGUUUUGGAUUCAGACACCGUGGCCUUCAUGACGGACAAGUGGUCCCCAUGGACCUGGGCCAGUUCGCUCCACGCUUUGCAGUUCCACCCCAAGGAUUUGGCUGGAUCGUUCAGCCACUCCGAACUUCAGAUGAUUAAUCAAUACUGCAAGGACACGCGGCAACUGGGUCAACAGGCUGAUGGGUCCUCCAAGAUGAGGGGGGACUACAACAAACUAAAGGCUCUUCUCAACAGCCGGAAAAGCAGGAACCGUAGGAAUCAGUGGCCCGGAUCGUAAGGGCCAAGCUCUAUCCACAAACUACUUCUUCAUCACCACUUGCCAUCUUGUACUCUCACUCAAGGAAUUCAUUUUUAAUCAGGUGGUUUUCUUUCUCCGCUGAGAGUAGAGCGAAAGAGUAACCAAGCCAGCUCGACAAAUUUCAGGACACUCGAACUCUCUAAGCUGAAAUCAGACAACCAAGACUAAGUUCAAAGAGAUGUCCAUCAGGAAGUAACCUCUUUGCUUUCGCUCCCUUAAGUCUUCAGAGAGGGCGUCUGUGCCAUGUUUCGAGGUCAUCUUUGUUGCCUUGAUGACGAAGCACUCAACGUGCAGCUUGGAAUCGUGGAAGGUUGGAAGGAAAGGGUGGGUUAGGAUGAAGAGUGACUUGGAGUGGUCUCCAUCUUCAUGUAUGGGUUUGUGCGUGUCUACGUGUGUUUCUCUGUUUCCGGUACGUUGCGUUGACAAACGAGCUCUCGUGGAGGCACAAAUUCAAUCCCAAAGUCAAUUUCCCAAUAUUAAUGUCACAGAAGGAUCGUGCUGAUUAGGAAUUAUGGGGCUGGGAGUGGGUACAUCACAGUUAAAAGACCCUCAGACUGGGGAAGGCUAAACUCACCACUGUUGUGGCAUUUACCGUGUUCGGUUAUCUGAGAUUAAAACAAAUAUUCCAUUUCCAUUGUGUAUUCGAGAACAAUAUGUCCUACAUGUAUGUGUCAUUUUUUAGGUUCCAUUUCAUACAAAUAAAAUGGAACCUAAAAAAUGACGCCUACAUGUAGUACAUAUAGUUCUCCACUUACAACAGUUGAUUUGGUGACCAUUCACAGUUACAAUGGCACUGAAAAACUAUUUUUCACAGUUAUGACCAUUGCAGAGAUUAGAAUUUGGACGCUUGGCAAUUGACUCAUAUUAAUGACAGUUGCAGUGUCCCGGGGUUACGUGGUCCCCUUUUGUGACCUUCUGACAAGCAAAGUCAAUGGGGAAACCAGAUUCACUUAACAACCGGGUUGCUAACUUAUCCACUGCAGGGAUUCACUGAACGACUGUGGCAAGAAAAGUUAUAAAACAGGACAAAGGUCGCUUAACAAAUGUCUCACUUAACAGCGUAAAUUUUGGGCUCCAUUGCUGUUGUAAAUCGAGGACUUACCUGGAUUAAGCCUGGGGAUCAAGUGAAGGAGAAAAGUAGCAUGAGGGUAAAUAUCAGCUGGAAGUUACAAUAAUUUAUUUUACAAAAUAUCUCACCUGUAAUACAAUAGUACACACAGAACCCACAAUACAUAGAGUUACCUAUAUGUCGAUAGAUUUGACAGUAGUAAUUUGGUCUAAUUAGGAAUUUGAAAAUGUCUUAAACUGAACCUGAAAAACAGUUAAUGAAAUACCCACUUGCAACCCUCAUGAGAGACACGGAGUAGCCUACAUACUGAUGGGAAAGUACAGUACACAUAUGUAUCCAAACAAAAAUAGAUGGCUGUAUGCCAUUAUAUUGAUAGCAUUGGCUGACAUCCUGUGUAGUGAUAUAUUCCAUUCGGGACGUAUGUUCAGAGGUUGGGGGGGGGGUCACAUACUGUAACAAGCAGUUCACCCAGAACCGAAAAUGUGAGUUCAUGCAGCAUCAAAAAAACAAAAACAAAAAUUAUAUAGGAUUGAAUAGUGCCAGGGCAAGUGGGUGGGCCCAGCCGCUGGUCGGAAAUAUCGGUUUGCCCAAACUGGUCCAAACCGGCGGCAGCCCACCUCUGCAUAUGUUCAUAACGCAUGAAUAAAACAUAGACCUGUAUUCUUCCUGUAUCUUAUGAGCUGCGGUGGCACAGUGGUUAGAGUGCAGUAUUGCAGGCUACUUCUGCUGACUGCCGGCUGCCUGCAGUUUGGCAAAUCAAAUCUCACCAGGCUCAAGGUUGACUCAGCCUUCCGUCCUUCCGAGGUCGGUAAAAUGAGGACCCAGAUUGUUGGGGGCAAGAGGCUGAUUCUGUAAACCGCUUAGAGAGGACUGUAAAGCAGUGUGAAGCGGUAUAUAAGUCUAAGUGCUAUUGCUCUUCCUUCCUUCCUUCCUUCCUUCCUUCCUUCCUUCCUUCCUUCCUCCCUCCCUCCCUCCCUCCCUCCCUCCCUCCCUCCCUCCCAGUGGUUAGAAUGCAGUAUUGUAGGUUAACUCUGGCCAAUGCCAGCAGUUCGAUCCCGACCAGCUGAAAGGUUGACUCAGCCUUCCGUCCUUCCGAGGUCGGUAAAAUAAGGACCCAGAUUGUUGGGGGGUAAUAGGCUAAUUCUAUAAACCGCUUAGAGAGGGCUAUAAAGCGCUAUGAAGCGGUAUAUAAGUCUAAGUGCUAUUGCUGUUGCUAUUCAGUGGUACCAACAACUCACUCUGUUUCUAUUUUUUUUGCACUGAGAAGGCAGGUCAGAAAGAAGAUUCAUCUCAAUAUGUUUUGGAAUCUUCUUGCUUGCUCAGGAAUGUCGUGGUAGAUCCCAAGCAAAGUAUCCAAUCUUCCAUGCUGCGUGGGAGAUGGCCAAGAGUGAAAUUCAAGGGGAAAAACACAGAGAAGCCCAAUUGGUACCCAUAUCACCAGUUCCCUCCAAUUUUUGAUCAAAUGUUGAUAGCGACAAAAAAAAUGUGUACUUUUUAACUCUUUUAUCUUUUUCUUAUUUAGCCUCAUGUUUCAGUUUAAUUCAGUUCAGCUUGUGACUUCUUUUGAAGACCAUACAACAAUAGGGCUAUUUCGAACAAUACAUGCUUUUGAUCAGUUUUUAACCUGAUUUGUGUGUACAACAUUCCUUAUUUAUGGGUUUUUGACUUUUCAAUAGGAGAAUAGCAUUGCAGAAUUCAAAGGAGUGCAAACAACGACGGCGACCACAUAAGGCAGAAUAGUGACUGGAGAAGCUUGAGUUGAAUAGGAAGAGCAGUAUUUGUGGCCUAGAAAGGGAGCUCUCGCCUCACAGUCAGGAGGCUGUGAGUUCGAUCCUAGGUAGAGGCAGAUAUUUCUCUCUCUGGGCAGACAGAGAAUAUAUCUACUGAACAAAACUCCGUACUGGCAACAGGGAAGGGCAUCCGGCCAUUAAAACACUCUGCUAGCUCCAUUCAAUUGCCCUAGACUCCACCCCGCAAGGAAUUGUGGGGGUGAUGAUGAAGCAUCCAAUAGGAAUGCUUCUUUAAAAAAGUGAAUUAAGUCACUUGAUUUCUUGUCUCUACUCUGAUCUGAAAAGUUCAGAGUCAUCCAGUUUCCUCCUGAGGCUCUCUCAAGAAACAGUUAUGCCAAGCAAGCCUCUGAUAUCCCUUCGGUCGUGUGUGAAUUGUACCUAAACAGUGUGGCUUUUUCAAGAACAUUUCAUGUAAACUGAGAAGCAGCGAGCAAAUCUGUGGCGGUUGUUCCCACCCUGGAUCAGUGUCUGCUUUGUCCAGGACAUUUCCCAAACAGAUGUUCCACUUCCCACACAAAUAAACUCCCAGUUCUCAUAUGUAGUGCAGAACCAAUUUUGCAAUUUGCAUGAACAGGCAUCCAUUCAAUAUGAAUGCUUGCGUGCUCUUUCUUAAAACAUACAAAGAAUGGGUUGCAGAAAUUGGGUAGGUCUAAUUUAAUGCAAAGAAAGACAAGGGGAGACAUGAUAGCAGUCUUCCAAUAUCUCAGGGGUUGCCCCAAAGAAGAGGGAGUCAAGCUAUUCUCCAAAGCACCUGAAGGCAGGACAAGAAGCAAUGGGUGGAAACUAAUCAAGGAGGAAGGAAGGAAGGAAGGAAGGAAGGAAGGAAACAUUUUAUCUAUCCAUAGUUUAAUGAAAAGAAGGACUAGGGGAGACAUGAUAGCAGUCUUCCAAUAUCUCAGGGGUUGCCACAAAGAAGAGGGAGUCAAGCUAUUCUCCAAAGCACCUGAGGGUAGAAUAAGAAGCAAUGGGUGGGAACUAAUCAAGGAGAGAAGCAAUUUAGAACUAAGGAGAAAUUUCCUCUGAGAGUUAGAACAAUUAACCAGUGGAACAACUUGCCUCCAGAAGUUGUGAAUGCUCCAACACUGGAAGUUUUUAAGAAGAGAUUGGACCUUUUGUCUGAAGUGGUGUAGGGUUUCCUGCCUAAGCAGGGGGUUGGACUAGAAGACCUCCAAAGGUCCCUUCCAACUCUGUUAUCCUAUUCUUAAAAUGCUCAACCUCAAUUUUCCUAACGUCACGUUUUCAACCUCCGUUAAAAUCACCCCGUGCGAGCAUCUACGUCUACUUGGCCUUCAUUUUUAAUCUUUCUUGCAAUGGCUCCUAGCUGCGGAAGUUGGUGUUUCUGUUUUUCUAACCCUUUCACUGAUCAUAAAGAAAUGAAUAAAGCUGCCAACUCUU